AACUUAUCACUUCGUUUUAAGUUUUGCUGUUUUGGUAACAAGCUUAUUUAUUUGCAAAUCCGUCUUAAACGCCUGUAAUAAAACAAAAUUUGACAGUAUUUGUCAACAAAAUUUUGAUUUUUAUUUUUAAUGAAAAUGAAUGGGAAAGUUCUUGAAAUCGGUUCUACAAUCAAUAUUGAGCGAAGUGAUGGCAGAGUACAUCCGGCAAUUGUAGCCAGCAUCAACUAUGAGCUGGAUAUAGUAGGAGUUGAGUGGUUUGAAUCAGGUGAAACCAAAGGCAAAGAAAUUGACUUUAAUUGUGUCACCAGGUUAAACCCUCAUAUCGCCACUAUAAAACCAGACAUUCAAAGAUUCAGUGAGUGUUCCUCUGACAUUGCACUAGUCGAAAAACCGAAAAAACGUCAAUCUAUAGCAGUUUACAAUAACCGUGUGAAAUCUUCUAAAUCGAGAAUAACCCAAGACAACUUGAGUAGCGCUCCGAGACAGAAAAAUUCGCUCAAAGACAAGUACCCUCAAACCUCACGAUCUGUUAUCGAGCACAUGUCAAAUUCUUUUGAGAGUAAUGUAGUGAAGAAAGUCGGAAAGUUAGAGCUGGAACGCAUGGAACGACGAAAAAAACAAGCGGAAUUUAAAGCGGAAAAAGUCGAGUUGAGCAAACGGAACGCCGAUAACCCUCAUUGGGAAUUACACCAAAUGAUUUUAGAUUAUUGUAAAAAUCUGAACUAUAAACCUUUGACAGUCAAUGAUGUAAUAGAAGACCGUCUCAUAACAGUCUGCGUUAGAAAGCGACCUUUGAACAAGAGCGAAAUCGCGAAGAAAGAAGUCGACGUUAUUACAGUACCGAGCAAAAACCAAAUCAUCGUUCACGAACCGAAAACAAAAGUCGAUUUAACCAAAUAUCUCGAAAACCAUUUAUUCAAAUUUGAUUACACUUUCAACGAGCAUUGCGACAACGAAAUCGUCUACAAAUACACGGCGCAACCCUUGAUUAGAACAGUCUUUGAGGGCGGUUUUGCUACGUGUUUUGCUUACGGUCAAACGGGAUCUGGAAAAACGUUCACAAUGAGCGGCGAUAUUUUUCGAACUAAUGCACAUAAAGGCAUUUACGCGAUGGCUGCAACUGACGUUUUCCGUUUAGUUGUUUCCCCAAAAUACAGACAUUUAAAUCUCAUCGUGACUUGCAGUUUUUUUGAGAUUUAUUCGCGCAAAGUCCUUGAUUUAUUGAACCGAAAAGGCGAUUUAAAAAUCCUCGAAGACGGCAAACAGCAAGUUCAAGUUGUGGGUCUCACCGAAAAGGUUGUUUCUUCAGUAAAUGAAGUCUUGGACUUGAUCAACCACGGAAAUAUGGCGAGGACUUCGGGCCAAACCUCGGCGAAUGAAAAUUCUUCUCGCUCCCACGCUGUUUUCCAGAUUUAUUUACGACCAGCAAAGAAAAUCACUUCUUUGCAUGGGAAAUUUUCUUUGAUUGAUUUAGCGGGGAAUGAACGUGGGGCUGACACUUUGUCAUCUACCAAGACAACAAGAAUGGAAGGGGGUGAGAUAAACAAGUCGCUUUUGGCUUUGAAGGAGUGCAUCCGCGCUUUGGGGCGAAAAGGGGCACAUCUGCCGUUCAGAUUGAGUAAAUUGACGCAAGUUUUGCGCGAUUCUUUUAUUGGUACGAAUUCGAAGACUUGCAUGAUUGCGAUGGUGUCUCCCGGGGUCAGUUCUUGCGAAAAUACGUUGAAUACGUUACGUUACGCUGAUCGGGUUAAAGAGUUAGGCGGUGGCGAGUUGCAGCAUUUAACGACGAUAAAUGAGAAAAAUGACGAUAUUAUUUCAAUCGGAUUGGAGGACGAGAUGUUGUAUAACCAAAAGAGUUUCUCGGAUAAUACCGAAGAGUUUAAAAUUGUUAAAGAAAAAGUCGUGAAUCUUCACAGGGGGAUCAUUGAUAAAUUGCAAGAUGCUACCAAAGAAGCCAAAUAUUUGAAUAAGUGUAUUGACAAUGAACCGGAGAAAUACUGUCGAGAAUUCGAAGAAUUUGUCGACGAUACUGUGGCGUUUUUAUUGAAUGUUAAAAAUUGUGUCAUUGAAUAUAAAAUGAAGCUGUUGGUCGAAGAAUGAUCUUUUGCAAUAAAUUAUCUGGCAAGAAAUUGUUUUUUCUUAAGUUCAAUAAAGUAAAUUAAGUCGCACAAUUUUAUGAUGUUGCAACAGGAUCCUCUGUAAGUGCAAUUAAAUUUUUGUCCUGGAAACAGCUUCUGUGGGAGGAAAUUUUUACACAAAAAAACUGGGUUAAAGAUGUAUAACUAAAAAAACAACGCAAUAAGCAAAAUUAGAUUUUUCUAUUAUCUUUUUUUUUAUUCGUAAUAGUUUAAAGCACAAAGCUUAGAAAACUGGAAACUAGCUGUAUGGAAAAAUAAAUACACAGUUUUUGUACUUUUUG